AUGUUAUUCAAGACUGAUAUUAUUGUAAUAUGUACAUUAUCAAAAUAUUUACUCGAUAGUGUUUUUGCAGCAUGUGGAAACUCUUUAAAAAAAUUAUUCGAUAUAAAAAUAAAGGAAAAUCCUAAAACUUCUGUUAUCGAUAUUACUACCGAUGGUAAAAUUCCAUCAAAAGUAAUUUAUUUUAUUGUAUGGCAACCUGAUUCUGAUUCUAAUCUACUUUAUCAAUCAAUACCAGAAUUACUUUCAACUAUAAUAGAAAAAGCAAUAAAUGAAAAUUAUAAAAGUAUUGCAUUUUCACCUAUUGGUUGUGAUCAUUAUGGAUGUUCAAUUAAACUUAUUGCUCAAACAUUUAUUAGACAAGUUCAAGAGCAAAUAAUUAAAUAUCCAAUGAAAAUUUUAUUUGUUAUUCCAUCAGAUAGAAUUGAUAUCUAUGAUGAAUUCUAUAAACAACUUAAUUCAUUUCAACAACAUGAACAAAAUCCAAUAAAAAAAUCAGUAUCAAUAACAAUUGAAAAAGGAAAAAUUGAAAUUGAACAAGGAGAUAUUAUUAAACAAAAUGUAAUUAUUAUUAUUAAUUUAAAAUGA